AUGGCGGAUUCGACACUGCGUGAAGCCUCGGCUGCGGCCGAAGCCCCUGCGCAGCCAGAGCGUCAAAAGUGCGCCCUUUGCCUCCUGCUCUGUGAGAAGGUGAGCAAACGUGGGGCCCAGCUUGUCUGCUCGUGUUGCGUGAACGUUUCGUCCAUGCUGCAGCACAAGCUGGGCGGCAAGGUCGCUACCACGUUGGAGGACAAGGUCACCUUCUACCAGAAGAUCAAGAGCACAGGCUCUGGCCGCUUGGAGUGGAAGACCGUGCGGGCCCUCGUCAAGGAGCACAUGAUUCUGCGGAGAAUCAAGCAAAGUGAAGUCAGUGUGGGAGGGAAGUACCUUCCCAUGAACGUUCACUUGGCUGCUGGCUGGACCGAGAGCCAGGUCCGGGCCAAGGAGGACUUCAUGGAGGAUGCCCAGCUGGGCACGGUGUGGCGUGUUCCCGUCAUGGAGAAGACGGUUCGCCAGAUCGACGAAGAAAUCGACGAGGAGCUCACUACGAAAGAGCAGGAGGUGACCAAGAGCCGGCAGGGCAAGAAAAGGAAGCUGCAAGAGGGAGAGCAGCAGGAGCCAGACCUGGACCUUCCUUCCGCUGCUGCAGGAAGCAAAGCUUCCGAAAGCAACAAAGCUGAGAAGAAGGAGGCGCAGGAGGAAGCCAAAGCGGAACGCUUGGUUUUGAAAAGCAACAAGACAACGGCUGCUCUGGCAGCCAAGGUUGUUGGCCCCCUCUCCACGCUGGUGUCCUCGCUCAACUCGGCUAAGGGUUUCGCCACGAAGUUCUGGGACGACCUCGCGCCUGACCUUCGCACAAGCUUCGCCGAGGCCUUAGCUACGGCUCUCGCCUGGAAGACCGCUGCCACCUCGGCUCUGCAGUUCCAGGAGAACUACGAAAACGCUGCCCGCAAGGACCCGGCGGCUCCGGUGCAGUCUCUCCCUGCUCUGCCCUUCACUGCGGAGACGUUUUCGGACUACGAGAAGGCGAGCAAAGCUACUGUGAAGGAGCUGCGCAGUACUGUCCGCGCCAAGAAAGACGAGGCUGUUGCAGCUGCUGAGGCCGCAGGCAAAGCCAAGGCUAAGCCUAAGCACCGCGUCAAUGGGAAAGCCAAAGCAGCGGCUUGA